CAAAAAUCCAAAAGCGCAGUGCUCAGUGGAAUGGUUGCAAGCUAAAACAUUGACUUUUAAAUAGUAUUCUUCCGUAAAUUGUCAUUCCAAGCUGUUGAGAAUGAGAAGAUAGCGUUAAUAGUGCCAUGUGACUAUGAAAAUAAGCGAAACGAAGAUGAAAGAGACGAUAGUUCCUUCAAAAUCAGGUCCGAGUAAUGGCAUCUCUGUCAGCACUGAAAGAUUUAAGCUGGUCUACUUUGGCUCGCUUGUCAUUGACAAAAGAUAUACGUCUUGUAUGCUUCCGUGGAUUGUCGCUGAAAUUAAGAGAAAAUGCCUGAAACAGACUUUAGACGUUGUUGUUGGGGAAGCAAAAGUUAUUGGAACUGUAAAUGAUACAAUUGUCGAACAUUGUUUAGUGUCAAUAUCGAAAUGUAUUAAACUCGAAGGAAAAGAAGCCUCGACGUUUGCUUAUCUUACCAAAGAUACAAAGAACAACACAACUUGCUCAUGUCAUGUCUUUGAAGCUGAAAACACGACGAAGGUAAAAAAUUUUUAUAUUCUGAAGUUGUACUUUGUACAUACUGUAUAAUUUGAAGUACAAUUUGCAUCUGAAAGCACGACAUUGAAUACCUCGGUGAUUUGUUAUGAAAUAUUAAUGUUUCCGUGCAUUUGCAGAUUUACAACACACACAUUUUUUAUACUUUUUUACAGUUAUUGGUGCAUUUUUAUAUUCCCUUAAUAUGUAAUGGUUAUUUUUAGCACGGUAUAUUUCUUUCACAUUUGUAAAUGCAACUAACUACACAGACACUAUGUUUCUCUUCUCCACAGAAGCUUUGCUUUUAAAGGAUUAAGUUUUGCAAUUGUGCUGGAAGGUACAUCAUGCAAAAAUAUCUCCACACUACGAACCUUCAAUCCCCACACUAUGUAGCUUAUAGUGUGAUUGCAAAAUCAAUCCUUUAAAGGCCUUUGUGGAAGAGAGAGAUGUGAUAUCAUAUUUGUGUUUGCAAUAUGUUAAUAGAAUGAAAAAUGAUAUUGCAUAAACAUAAGAUUACAUGAUUGAUUGAUUGAGAGAAAUAUCAAUAUUGAUCAGUAAUAGGAUACAUAAUUUCAGAUGUAGUUUAUUCACAAACAGCUUUGAAAAGAAGACAUAUUUUGUACUAGCCAAAAGUUGAACACCAUCUUCAGGACUUGAAAUAACAGCCGAUCGAUAAUUGUUUAUGAUCAGUGGAAAAGCAGGGUUUUUCAAUCAGAGAACACAGGGAAAGUGUGCUGUGAACUGUGGGAACGUUAUUUCAAACCCUGAUCUAUAUAUGCAUUUUAAAUGCAACACUCACAGAUAAAAACAUUGUCUAUUCUCAUGAGCAUCUCAAUGUUUGUAAUGAUCAUUGAAGGUUUCAAUUACAGUGAAAAUACAAAAAUUGUCCCACUUCCACCUCUGUAGAUUGUUGUAAUUUACUGUAAUUUCUUCUGUUUUUCUGCAGCAAUUACCAUGCAAUUCAUCGACAAAUACCAUGAUAAAACUUAGUUUUCUCUAUUUUUAAAUAUGAUAAUUUGUAGCAAAGGGAAAUAAUACAUUUUUUCGUUAGUUUCAUUGCAUAAAAGGUACAAAAUUUAAAUUUUAUCGCAGUACGUAUUUGCCGAUAAAUUGGUAAUCGCUAAAAAAACACAGAACAAAUUACAGUAAAUCACAACAAACUACAGAAGCGGAAGUGGGACACUUUUUGUAUUUUCACUAUAAUAGCUCAGCCAAUCACCAUUAGUCAAACAUAAUUGGCUGACAAGAUUGAAACCUGUCAAACAUGAAAGUUUCAUGUGGUCAUGGUCAGCAUUACAGGCCUUGCCCUAAGAAAAUCGCGCGGGAGCGGUUAAGCAUGUGCGCAAAAUAUGUUGCGUGCGCCACUGUGAAAAUUUUUUGUGAGGCCCGCCACAUAUCUAGAAAUGCUAGAAUCGAAUCGCUUGCUUAAGCAAUCUUGGGCGCGUGUGGGGGUGCGCACACAUGAUCGCACGCCUCUUAGAGCAAGGCCUGCAUUAAAACCUUUCACCCAGAUCCCUGUAUGCUGAAAUAACAAAUUUUGUUCUGGUUGUAGAGACUAACUUCCCAUGCAACAUUAUAUUUUAUGUAAUAUUCUGAAUUUCCUACAACCUGGAGCAUUUUGUCUGGUUUUGCUAGUUCUUUGCCACUUCGUAUUUCCAUACUUGUUUGAUAAUUACGUGGCAAUUUGCACUGGUAAUUUUGCAAAAUAAUGCUUGUUUCCAACAUAAAAUCAAAAGUACAAGCAAUCAAGAAGUAGAAUGAAGAAUUUUAUUCUACUGAUUCUUACAUAAGAGUAUUAUGAAUAAAAUUACUGUUUUACAUAAUUUGGGGGAAAUUGACAAUGUUCAUAAUGAGAAUGAAUCAAUCAGUAAUACAUUUAUAGUGGACCUUGGUGGGGUUUAUUAGCUUCUAUUUCUAGCCAAUCAUCACACAGUUAUAUAUUGUGUCUGAUCUCUAUUUAUAACCGGAGUGACAUGACAUUAUUUCAUGAUGGCUGCAGAGUGCAGACAACAUGAUUGAGGAUUGCAAAUAUGGACAUAUUUUUAAAAUGUUAUGGUGGGAAUCAAGCAUCAAAGCCAAUGCAUUUUUAAUUUAUUGUGAACAUGAAGACUGGAGAAGGAAUGUUUUUAGUAAGUAAUUCUGUCAUGAUUUGUCAAUUUACCAAAAUGUUUCCUCAAAUCUUGUAUGACGGAACUUUCUCUAAGCCGCAUUUUAGUAAAUCUGUGUUUGAAUAAUUAGACCUGACCAUAUAGGCUUGUACAAAAAGAUUAUUUUAAUAACUACGUUAAUUGUUUUUAAAGUUUUAUAUCUUUAGUUACUUUUUAACCUGAAGACGGAGUUAUACUCCGAAACGUAGUUAUUAAAAUAAUCUUUUUGUACUAAGCCUAUAUGGUCUAAUUAUUCAAACACAGAAUUACCAAAAUGUUGUUGGGAGUUUAUACUUUGAGGCUACUGAGCAGGAAGCAACAAGAGCCAGUUAUCCUACAUUAGUGUAAUUACAUAGGUGAUUAUUGAAAAUUCUCCACGCUAAUUGCAUGGUUGCCGUUGAGGUGCAUGAUUAUAUGGAGACACAUGGGUGCACAGAAAUACCAGAUUUAUUUUGAGUGUUGAACAUGAUAUCUCAAGAGUGAGUGCAGCGAACAAGUAAUAUAUCAUGUUCAACACGAGAAAUAAAUCUGUACCGAUAUUUCCAAGCAUCCAUGUAUUUUUCUGUUUGUUAUAUAAAGGACAGUCUUUGAAAAGUGAUAAUUUUUACAGAAAAGCGAUAAUUGAAAAGUGAUAAUUUUCACAUGUGAAAUUAUCAUAAAUAAUCUCACAUGUGAGAUUAUCAGUUUUAUCAGUGCUCAAAAUCUCUAUAAAUUAGCACUAUACUUUAUAUAAUAAAACGCGAUAAUCACCGAAGUGAUUUUCGAAAUGGCGGCCAAAGCCGUUUUGUCAAUUAAAUGUCGAAGAAAUGUGUGUGUUUUAGUUUUUUCCAAAUAAUCACCUAUGAAAUUAUACAAAAACAGUUAUUCAUCUCAGGCUCGGUGAUUAUCGUGAAUAAAAACCUCGACUUUGUUAGAUUCCAGUUAGUGCAUCUCAUAAGUCACAGUGCUUACAUAUUAAGCUGCAGAGCUUUCCCAUUGACGAGUAAAAUUGUCUGGCGUUAGACAAGUAAAAAAAUAACUAGGGCGCACUGGGGCGCAUUGUGACUCAAUGGUUAACUACAGACAUUGUCAGACUGCUGCAGAGCUUCCCCAUUGACGAGUAAAAUUGUCUGGCGUUAGACAAGUAAAAAAAUAACUAGGGCGCACUGGGGCGCAUUGUGACUCAAUGGUUAACUAGAGACAUUGUCGGACUGCUGCAGAACUUCCCCAUUGACGAGUAAAAUCAUCUGGCAUUAGCCAAGUAAAAAAUACGUAGGACGCACUGGAGCGCAUUGUGGCUCAAUGGGUUAAUAAUUUCUUGCAGGCUGGCCGGUUUCUUGUGACCUUAAAACGAGCAUUGUACAGUAUCUCUAGGUUUUGAUCUGCAUGCAUUUUCAUCAUUCGACACAAAAUGACGUACGGCUACAUCAUUUUUUUGUCAAUAAUUACAAAUUAAAUAUUGGCAAUUGCUUUACGAAACAAAGUUCAUCUGCUGCAUCAAUUUACGGUGCGUCUAUAAACACCAGCAGUAUAUGAAUAUUAAUUUUAAUAGUUUCAUAAAGUCUCUUAAGCUUUACUGCCUUGCCACAAAAAAUGUAGUAGAUUUUAUAAUGUUGAUAUACGAGACUUCAAUUAUUGCCUUUAAAAUACGUAUUUCACAUGCAAUUUAAUGAUAUCCAGCUUGGGACAAUCUAUCCUUAAUCACUGUAUUCCAAGGGUGGGUAUAGUAGCGACAUUGUUGUAGUUCGCUGCUGUGGCGAACUACAAUUUUGACUACUUUUUUAAAACAGUAGCUGUGUAGUUAUAGCGAACUACAUUUUGCCUAAAAGUAGCCAAGUAGUUGCAUGACUACUUUUCUAACAGCGAAUCGCUAUUCGCUACUUUUUAAAAUUAUUAGCAGCUUGAUAGAAUAACAUGAUAUUGGAGAAUGAUAUAGACUGUUUUGGUGUAAAAUAGUUAAUAUUUUGUGACCGAAAUAAUAAUUUGAAAUGUACCUACCUCCUGUAGUCCUUACAAAAAUGUUGCUUUGUGUUUACUGUUGCUACUCGUAAGUCGAUUUGUCAUAGGUUACAUUACAGCCUGAGUUAGUAGAUGCCCCAAAUACAGUAAAACUAAAAAAUAUAGCGUACUAAAGCGAAAUAGCGAAAUAAUUCGCUACAUUUUUUAGCUGUAGUCAGUAGCGAACUACCUUUGUUCCAAACCUGGAAAAAAGUGGAAUCUCGGUAUCCUGGAUCCUGAGGAACAUUUGCUUAGCAACAAGAUUGAGGAACAUUUUGAAUUUUUCACGCGUACUUUAAAGGAGAAUUUUAAGGAUCGAAUCAUAUUUACUUAUCUGCCAUUUGAGUCUAUUUUGAGAUUACGAAGUGUUCUUCAUAUCCUGUUAAUAGAAUUUGAAGAUUAUUUUGUUUCCUCAGCAAUUUUACUACCAAUAUAAUCGAGAAACAUUUGAAAAAGACAAAUUCAGGGUCCGAGGAACAUUGAACACUUUUUCCAGAUCUGCUUUGUUCAAAAGUAGCAGUAGUUGUAGCUGACUACAUAUUUUUGAAGUAGCUGUAGUUAUACUUAUAGUGAACUACAAAAAUUUUGUAGUCAGCCCACCCUUGCUGUAUUCAAUUUUUAAAAAAUUGACUUCAAAGUUCAUGCUCUCCGCUAAUUCCCCUUAAUUGACUAGCAAACUCUGGCAUUAGACAUAGUAAAAUGAGAAAGUAGGGCGCAAUGCAACUGAAUGCCCAGUUAAGAUGUCAAAAUGGACUGAGCUGCUAUUCUUUAAUUUAAACGUAUGGUACGUUAUUCUUUAUUUUAUUAAUUUAAAAAAUCCCUGUAAUAUAUUUAAAUAUACGAUGAACACUUUUUACAAAUCUCAAAUGACUAGCCAUUAUACAAUGUAACACUAAACACUUUAUACUGUAAAUAGUCUUUCUCUACUUUUACUUAUAAUACCUGUAUGAGUGUAUGUAAUAUAUCUUAAAUUUGGUUGACUAGCUGUAAUUAGAAACAUGCAACUACAUACAUUACCGGCUGCGAGGUCCGUACUGAAAAAAAAAUUAUUUAGUACGGACUGACCUAAACGGUAAAUAACGUGUUUAUUUUUUUAUUUGACUGUUCAUGGUUGUAAUGAAAUUCCGAUAAAAUUCCAGUUGCAAAGUACAUUUGAGAUCAGUCCCCUGCUGUCUACAUUUUCAGCUGUCAUCUACAUUUUGAGGAGACUAGCAGCAACUAUUAAUUAAAUAUCUUUGCACAGAUUCAGAUACAUGAUGAGGUUGAGAUACAUGUAGAUAUUCUAUAUGGUAGAGUAUGUAGCAUGGUUAUGUUUAUCUAGCUUCAUUAUUGCUACAUGUGCAAUCAUUUUGGAUUUGGUGAUGUCAUAAUUUUCAAAUCCGCACCACAGAAUAAGGUAACAGAAGGCCGACUUCUUGGUUUUUCCUAUCAUUUUCCUAUCAUUUUCCUAUCAUUUUCCUAUCAUUUUCCUAUCAUUUUCCUAUGAUUUUCUUAUGAUUUUCCUAUGAUUUUGGCGUAACCCGUAAUUCGUCAUCAAAUGCUGACGCCAUGGUCCUAGCCAGUGCGCAUUUGAGAGGCAUUCACCCCCCUGAUAAUAUUCAAAAUGGCGGACGUCCAGGGGGGAAUGCCUCUCAAACGCGCACUGGCUAGGACCAUGGCGUCAGCAUUUUGAUGAUGAAUCGUGGCGUGGCAGCGGUUACUCGAAUCGACAUUCUGUGUGUCUUAUUCUGUGUCCCCACCCUGGCAAUAUCAUACGUGAUCAUGCAUCUAGUGAACUUCCUCCAUGCAAGCCCUCUUUUGGGUCUUUAUUUCGCAAAUAUUUGACCUGGAAAUUUGUGGAUGCAUGAAGCACCAUGCAUAUAAGUCAACGUUUUGACAAAUGGUCCCAGUUUCCUUUAUGGGAAAUUUGAUUUGAAUCUAGGGAUUUUUUGUGAAAAAUGAAAUCUUGCAAUUUUGAGUAGGCAUGGUAUUGCCUACUGAGACAUAUUUUACAAAUCUCGAACCUAAAAAGUUCCUGCUGCUGUUUAAAGUUACCUCUGGUAACUGCGCAAGUGCUUACUAUCUUUUCCACCAUUGCAAUAAAUGAAAUUUUAAAUCCAUUUUUUCCCAGUGAGAUAUCGUGGGAUGGGGGAGGGUCCGAGGUGAAAUCGAGCUUUUUUACGGUGUAGAAGCUGUGCAGGAUUUUUUUAAAGAAUUUGUAUACUCCAUGUAGUUGUAGGAAGUUUAUUCUUUUCCUAAACGCUUGCAUAAAUUUGUUUUCAAAUUUCACUCUUUGCAUGUGUUUUUUUAAUCUUCCUUCCCCCGCCCCCCGCCCCACUCACUUUCACCCUGUCCGGUUAUCCGAGGGUUACGUUGUCCACUGGUUCGAUUUCCGUUAGUGCUUACUUAAUCAUUUCUUGCAGGCUGGCCGGUUUCUUGUGACCUUAAAACGAGCAUUAGAAGAAUGUAAAAGUAAACUACCCGUGAAGGAAAAUGUAAAGACAGACACAGCUUCAAGAGAACAUCCUGCGAAAGAACAGCAUCAUGUACAAUAUAAUGUAACAUAUGUCGGGAAGCUAGCUGUAUCGCACAGGAAAGCACCUCCCACGUUAAUUGAUACAUCAGUAGAAAGAUUUCGUCAUCAUAAUCAACAGGUCUUAUUAACAUCGAAAUUAAACUCUCUCAGAACAGAACAAAACGAAAGUGAAACACCACCAGAGGAACGUCAUCCUACACGAUCACCAGUAAAGACAAUGAGUAUGGAUAUCGAGGAUAAAACACCAGAACAGGAGAGUACAGAAGAUGUAGUUCGUCCUCGGUCUGUCAGUGAUGGGAUACCCUCCUCAGCAAUGGACCCCACUACAUGUCAAGCUUCCAAUGCUUUCACCAGACCAACUAAAUCGAACAGGAAGUUAAGUGUCUUCUCAGAAAAUCGUAGCUUAAUCAUGAAUAUUUCUGUUCAUUCUAUCUCAUUCAGUUCUUCAGUGUCAGGGCGAAUUUUAAUGGAAAGGAAGGUGCAGGAGAUCUCAUUUUGUCAACAGGUAUAGCUCGUAUUACUGAGUAAUAAAGCUUUGUUUUGAAUUGGUCACGGCGUUCGUUUGACCAAGCAUACAAUACAGUUUUGACAUGUCUCUGCAAUCAGUUAAACUGAUUUGCAUGCUGCACUCAAUUCGGCUUUAAUAAUAUCUAGCCGAAACGCCUUCGUUCGAAACGUCGACGUUUUUUGUACUGCAUCCUUCAGCCAUCUUCUUGAAUAUAGAUCCAGAGUCCAGACUAUUAGUCUACCUCCCAUCAGGGACAGUGACGUGAAUCGUGUGUUUGAACGUACAUGAUUAUCUGUUCCAUCACUUUUAUUUUAGGGUACACUCGAACCAGAGCAUUUUGGUUUUAUUUGUCAUGAUCCUAAAAGUUCAUAUUACCAUUGCUAUGUAUUCAGAGCUGAGUCAAAAGAUGAGGUUAGUACGGUUUAGGUUGAUAUAAGUCUUUGAACUGAUUACUUCUUUACUGUGACUGAUUACUUCUUUCAAGAAUAGCAUUUUAUCCUUUCAAGUUCCCAUAGCGUUUUUCUUUGUAGCACGAUAUUUGUCCAUUGCAUCGCUGUUGCGCUGUCACCAUGUAGAUUGGAGUAAACAAUUAUUUGAUAACACUUGCCGAGACCUUGAUUAACGAUAUUUGUCCAUUGCAUCGCUGUUGCGCUGUCACCAUGUAGAUUGUAGUAAACAAUUAUUUGAUAACACUUGCCGAGACCUUGAUUAACGAUAUUUGUCCAUUGCAUCGCUGUUGCGCUGUCACCAUGUAGAUUGGAGUAAACAAUUAUUUGAUAACACUUGCCGAGACCUUGAUUAUUCAGGGUAACACAAAAAUCGAAUUCAGUAACUGUUUUAUUAUACAUUGUAUUUUCUUUAAACUCUUUCGACAAUGAUAUGAUAUGUCGCACAAAACAGCGUUCUCUGAAAAACCAUAAAAAAAUUAGCAUUAACAAAAACUCAUUUGUCUUCGCUUUUUGCAAUAAAAAACAUUCACAAAAACGCCAUUUGUUCGUGAUUUUUUUCUUGUUUUAUUUUUGCUAUAAAAUUACAUAUACCGCUGAAUCAACUACAGAUAUUAGCAUUAACAUGUUAUCCUCCAGGAGACAAGCUAGCUUUUUGCAAUAAAAAACAUUCACAAAAACGCCGUUUGUUCAUGAUUUUUUUCUUGUUUUAUUUUUGCUAUAAAAUUACAUAUACCGCUGAAUCAACUAGAGAUAUUAGAACAUGUUAUCCUCUAGCAGACAACCUAGUGACUACAUGCAUGAUAAAACUAUUUAAUAUCAUAUUUCUUGUGCAGGUGGAUAAUCUGAUGAAGUCUUUAAGAGGAGCUUUCAAUUCUGCCUGGCAGGCUGUAGGCUCAACAGCGCCAUGUGAAAACUGUCCUUUGCAUAAACUGCAUUGCUUGUGUCAACACUUACAAGGUACAGUAUUUAACUGAAUGGAAACGUUUGCAUGCAUGGGUAUAGCGUGAAACACAAUGUAGCCUUACCACAGGUAUUUUUUCAACCUGUAAGCCCAUAAAGAUUUGACGUCAAUAUUAACGUUUAAAAAUAAAAUAAAAUUAAAUAAACGUGGUUUAAAAAAAUUAUACUGUACUGAUGCAACUUAACUGCCAAAUGUGUACUCCAGAUGUGGAUCAACCGUGGGGUUCAGUAAGUUGUGAGUACUACUUAUUAUAUUCGAACGAUCUAUUUUCCAGUACCCGAGAAAAUAUUCAAGCACCGAUACGGCGGGUCACCAUAUAACGUAGCACUUUUCGUAAUUUUUGCCUGAAAUACAAGUACCGUGAGGACGAAUUUAACGAAUAAAUGUAGUGCCGAUUAAUUCAGGUCUUCAAAUUUCAAACAUUUUCCAGAGGAGAAUGGCCCGUAUAUAGUAAUGCAACCCCCCUCUGGAAAACCUCCACCCCCUCUAACAAGUGAAGCCAGAUCCGCCCCUGACACUACCUUUCCACAGGUCAGAAACCAGCAGAUCAGGAGUGUUUGAUUCGUCAGCAUUUAAUGGAUAACUUUGGUGAUUCUGUUGUGGACGAUUUAAGAAAAAAAUACCAGGUAAUGAAUUCACACGGAUAUAAUGUACUUUAACAAUAUAGCUAUUGAAAUGAGAAUAUUAUAUAGGCUACAGUUUCCCUUUCUUCUUCCUAUAGUUUCCACUUUAUAAAGCAAUUUUUCAAUUUUAUAGUAUAGUAACUGUACAAAACGUUGACAUAUUCCCUCCUGUAUCAAAAUAAGUAUAGCAACGUUAUUUUUACACAUGUCCACAACAAUUCUAAAUUACGUCCAAAAAUCGUUUGAAACAGAAAAAUUAUGUAACAAAAGUUAGUGCCUAUGUGGUUAUUUAAAUUAGAUAAAACACGUAUCAAUCCCCGGCAACUGGACUGUUCUUUGAGGAUAUGACGGGGACUGGUUUGUUUUCCGAUUAAGAAACGUAUUUGAAUGCAGUCAACCAAGUGGCAUAUAUACUCAUUAGUGUUGAGCGUGUGUUACGUAUAAAUGAUACAAAACAUUUCCUCCUAUAAAUGUUAUAUUAAUUUUAUAACUCACAGGCUGAGUCGAAACGUCGUGAUGUUGUAGAACACAAUGAAAUCAUGAUGUCGUUAUUACGUCAACUGUAUGAAGAAAUGCAAAAAGUUCAUAGACAUUCACCAAGUGGGCAGGUAUGUUUUGAGUAUUUCUAAUCACAGUUUACUUCUGUACAAUAGCUUGACGUAACUGCGGUCUACCCGCGUCUCAAAUCCCAGCCCCCUAUUAUAUAUAUGUAUAGAAGCGCCAGCUACUGUGUGCAUGCAAUCUAUUUUUAACCUAGCCUCUCUUUGCCUCUGACAAUGUUUUCUUCGACGAUAAAUUUCAUUAACUAUAACUUGUUGCAGUAUUCAAUUAGCUUCGCCGUUCUACCGAACUGCGUUAAACAUCAUAACGGAGUUAUUAAAGAUUAACAAGAACUUGUGGAGUUGUGGUCACAGUAGCUCAGUUGGUUAACGCGCUGCAUCAGAAUCACAGGGCCCAGGCAGGGCCCAGGCAGGGCCCAGGCAGGGCCCAGGCAGGGCCCAGGCAGGACCCAGGCAGGGCCCAGGCAGGGCCCAGGCAGGACCCAGGCAGGGCCCAGGCAGAACCCAGGCAGGGCCCAGGCAGGGCACAGGCAGGGCCCAGGCAGGGCCCAGGCAGGGCACAAGCAGAGCCCAGGCAGGACCGCAGGUUUGAUUCCUGCCAGAGGGCCCAUAAUUGCAUUUUUUGCAGUUGCUCCUUGUUAGGUCUAAACUUGUAUAAAAUCUUCCGCUCGAAAUUUCAUCUACAAAAACCUUCAACUGUUAGUUGUAUCGAGCGAGAUGCCCCAAAUCGCGUUAUGUAACUAUAACUUUGACUAGCGUUGGAACCAACCAAAUACCAGUUACACAAGUGCGACGUGUCAGCAUGAGCUCCACCUUUGAAUUUACUAUAUGAGUAAAUUCUUAAACACGUCCGAAUUUAUCAUUAUGAAUAAAUUCGCGGCACAUUUUGAAUUUAUCAUAAUGAUAAAUUCGCGGCACCUAACCCUAACCACUAACCCCUAACCCUAACUUUUUAACUUUUUAAAUUUUUUAAAAUCUAACUUUUUAAACUUUUUUGCUUUUUAAAACUCUUUUAAAACUUUUUUAAUAACUAUUUUUUUGAAAAUUUUGAAAAUCUCACCACCCCCGCGCGACUAGCCUCCCUUUUAGUGCCAUUACAUUUAUAACAAGAAGUCUUGUCUAAUGCUUGUGGUUUUAUGAUUAACUCUAUUGAUAAAUUCAAAAUGUGCCGCGAAUUUAUCACAAUGAUAAAUUCGGACGUGUUUAAGAAUUUACUCAUAUAAUAAAUUCAAAGGUGGAGCUCAUGUUGGACGUGUCCAUAUGAUACUCAUUCGCGUAAAUCUUUUCCAUUAUGUGAUUCGCAUAAUUUUGUUUCUUAUUUAUCAUCAAGUCUCAACAGACAGACACUCAAGCUAAAGAAAGACCUCUUCAAAACAAGUUCAUAGCUAAGGCGAAACGUUCUUUAGGUGAUAUUUUCCGGGUAAGUCUGUAACUUACAUUCAAAAUAUGUCUUUAAUGUAACCUCUCAGAAAGCCAUAUUAUAAGUUUCCAAUAUAAAAAUGUAUUUGUGUUUAGUCAAAAGGAAGAAGCUCAAGAAGCGAUGUUGAUGGAACGUCUUGUGAUGAAGCUGAGAAUAAGGUAUAAAAUAAAAUAUUUCAAAAGUCAAUCAAUACUUUUACGCACAUAACUAAGCUUUUAGUUUGCGCUUAGUUGUAUUAUUGUACAGUCAGUGCCAUGCCAUAGCAACCCAUCCUAAUUCCUGGAAUUCUGUAAUUUGCACAUCUGUGACCUAACCGUUCAAUGUGCUACUGGAAAGUGCGCAGCCAACCUAAACUGCAAUAUUAAACGUCAAAGAAGGAGAGGGAGAAAAGGCGCACGAAUCAUUUCGUUCACAUUGAAUAUUACCAUUCACAGGGCCGCCGAGAGCAAAGUGGUGAUAAAAUUGGGCACUGACGCAGCUAUAUUUAAAAUUUUCGGUUAAUAAGCAAUGUUGUAUCAAGAAAUGUUAACGGCCUUGGGGGCCCUUUUUGAGGUGGGGGCCCAGUAGACUUACCAACAACUGAUGUCAGUUGGAUGUGCUUGCUGCAUGUAUCAAGUGGAAAAAAAGAAAGUAUAAACUGUUGUUUUAAAUUUGUAUUUUGCAUUGUUAGGUUGGAGGAAGCGGACAUCAGUUAACAACGGUGCAGCCAGUGAAACAAAUCAAUGUCCACGAGCUAGCUCAAACACCUGAAGACAAAGCCGAGGAUGAGGAAAAUGAGGCUGCUGCGAAACAUAAAGGUCUCGACAGGCCUAAACGUUCGCACCGUAGAUCAUACAGUGACAUCAGUCAAGUUUUCAAAUCACCCAGCAAGGUAUAAGUAAUAAUAGUACUAAUAAUAAUUACUGCUUUUAUACAAUGGAUCUGUUUAAAAUGACCCAACGUUGCUGAGACUGGAUGGAAGACGGUAUGAUAACUACGAUUUAGAUGUAUCGAGUCAUUAGACAUAAACUGUCAAACUGCGAUUAAAUUAAUUUAAAUGUUCUUCAUUAGGUUCAUUAUCAAAAUCACACUGUCUUUCCUUUAUAAUUAUUCAUCAAACUAUGCUAGAAAAAUUCAAUCUUCAUGAAUUAUAUACCGUGGCAUACAUAAUCCUGCUUUACCCCGUCCUGGCAAAAUAGAGUCUUUGUAAAGUGGUCCUAAGACACAGUACAACAAUCAAUUAUUCUAAAGUGUUAAACUUGAUUUACAUAGGUAGUGAAAGAUCCCAACGACAGUAGGGAACAUGUCUCCGAUGAUGAACAUUUCGUUGUUGAACCUCCACAUAGUCAGAAUUCCAAUACAACCAGUAGUCCGAAGAAGACAUUAACUCGCAAACAAUCUUACCGCCGUGCCAUAUUUGACAGUGUUGUCACACCCUCUAAACUGCCUAAGAACGCGGAGGGAUUGGUACCUAGCAAUAUUUAUAUACCGGCAAAUGGGGCAGUAAAAAAGUCACCUUACCAACUUCGGGCAUUAUGGCGGAAAGCAAUCAUGGAACAACGACUUUUGAUUCGAAUGGAAAAAGAGAAUUCAAAAUUACGAGGUAAUUUAAAGUGACUGAAAAAAUAAAUUUAUGUGAUUCUAAUAUUGGUAACUGACUAGCUAAGAGACGGACCAUUAAAUAUUUGAGCGCAAAAAUUCGCGCACAGAAAAAAAUCCAGAGAAAAAAUAUCGUGCAAAACAAACCUAUUGAAAAAAAAAUCGAGCAAGAACUAUGGAUGAUUCGAGCAAGAACUAUGGAUUUUUAAAAUCGUAAUGCAAUUGUUUUAAAGCAUUAAAAUGGUGUUUUACGACAAUCUAAAAAUGUAUGACCCCCCCGUCGACGAACUUUCCGGGAAAAAUUUUUUAGGUCAUCUUUAAAAAAAAUAUCGUACCAAAAAAUUGCCCCAACCCCCUCAAAUAUCUAAUGGUCCGUCCCUAACAGACGUUUAUCCCAGUGUCGCCAAAUUUAUAUUUUUGGGUAACUCUCGUACCUGUUACCAUCAUUGUGACAGUGCAAGCUAGAAGUUCAUGUCAAUAUUCAUAAGACUCGUUAGCUCUAUCAGGUAUAGUCGUUUUAAAGGCCAUGUUAGGGCAAUUGUUCCAACAACUAGCAACGUACUGAAUUUUGUGAGAGUGAGCUGUAUUAUACAUAUAAAUGAAUUCACUGAGAAAUGGAAGCAUGGACCACAUCUUACUCCGCCAACGUUUUCUCUCUCUCUUCCCAAGACGUACAAAAAAGUAUAGGAAUGAAAAUAUCGGUGUAGGAAAUAUCAGUAAUGAUCAUCCACUAACUUUUUGAGAUUGCUGUUUACUAUCUAUAUAAUACCCCAGCCUACUCACUCUCUUGUUCCCGUCAAACUUAGGUUCCGGAACUAUAUAGGCUGAUAUGGCCCUUUGUUCGAAAUUGUGUCGCAAAACCAAUGCACACAAAACGUGUGUCAUUCACCGACAUGCUUCUUUCAUUUAUUUCUUUUUUGUGUUGUGUAUAUGUUUAGCUGGAGAAGGCAUAGCCAAGAACAAACGUCUUAAAUUGGAAUAUGAAGAACUUCUCCCAAGUAAUAAUUUAGCAAAUGAAAUGUGGAAUAAAUUAUUAACAAAUGAAAGUUUGAUUGACAAGGAAGAUCUCAUUGACGCAGUCAAGUUUGGUAUGUCACAAUUUCCAUGCUCUCUCUAUACAUGAUUAUUAUGUUAAUGUUGAAUAGAUCAUACACUGACAUACAGAAUCUUAACAAUCAGUGUAAAUAUAUAAGCAUGAUUGUGUCGUAUUGUAAUCAGUGUUGUUCAUAUAGAUUUCUGAAAUCUAUGUCGCGGAAUAUAAGAGAUUUUCCUCUCAAUCUAAACAGCAAGAAUAUACUUCUUGACCUUCUUAGAUUGUUGGGACUAAUAAAGUUAAAAUUGCCUUGAAUAAAUGCGUGUACCUUGCUGUCCACGCAGAGAUUGGUUAUUCGUCGUUUAUUGUUGGUGUCUAGAACGUAAAACUGAACCAAAAUUCAUGUUGAAUGCAAGGUCUGCUAUACGAAAAUAGAUCUUUUGAAAACAUAAAUGUAUGGUUACGACUUACUGACGCGUCUAGAAAGCGAGACUUAUUGACUUAUUCUUAUUAUAGACUUAUUCUUAUUAAUUUCUUUUCUGGAUCCUUAUUAUAUACUUAUUCUUAUUAAUUUCUUUUCUGGAUCCUUAUUAUAUACUAUAGGUGUACCGAAGAAUCGCCGUGGAGAAAUUUGGAGAUUUUUAUUGAAACAAGAUGCUUUGCGGCAUAAACGUGAGACGACACCGUCCAUGACAUUGUCCUACAGAGAGUUAAAAGAAAUGACAUCUGUUCAUCAACAUGCAAUACUUAUUGACUGCAGUAAGUUUCGAUUUGCUUGUUUGUAAAUUUUAGUCUGUUAUCAACCAGUACCAAAUUUACUAUGGUGUACCGCACCUUAAUAUGCGGGAGUUUGAAAUGUUUGUGACUGAAAAUUUGGUGUCAAACUGCAAGGGUAUAUACUUGGAUCAAACCUUGGGUCCACUGUAGGUAGUUAAUUAUAACAUAAGAUUCAGAAAUAUACUCUGACAGUCUGGCGUUUCGAGGUAAGGCCUUCAUAAUUGAGGAGGUUAAUGACUUAAGGUACGUUUACACACAACGAUUAAUCGGGCCGAUUUCAGAUUUUGCCGAAUGUGUUAAUGACGAAUGUUGUUUGUUGACAAUAGACAGAUCCACCUACCACAAUGUCUCCAAAAUACCACGCCGGGUCUGUAUGCUGAUGACACGGAAAUUUACGCGUCAUCACACAAUGUAAAUGAUCUUAUUGACAACAUAAAUUAUGACCUAAAUAUUGUUACGAAAUGGAUGGAGAAUAAGAAGCUACAAAUUCAUCCUAAGAAAUCUAAAUGUAUGUUUAUUGCAUCCCCCUAUAAAAUUAAGAAUAUACCUCAAGAAAUACCGAUAUUAAUUAAUAAUGUUCCUGUCCCAAGAUUAAAUUGCUAUAAAUGCCUCGGUGUCACUUUAGACGAAAAAUUAAACUGAGAACAUCAUAUUGAUAUGAUUAUUAAGAAAGUUAAUGCAGGCAUUGCAGUAAUUAAACGAAUGAAAACCUGUGUUCCUCAGGAAUUCUUACAAACAGUUUACAACGCCUUAAUACAACCAUAUUUUGACUACUGCUGUCAAUUGUGGGAUACCUGUGGAAUCGUCUUAAAGGAAAAACUACAAAAAUGUUAAUCCCGAGCUGCUAGAGUAAUAACAGGAGCAUCUUAUGAUAUUAGGUCGGCCGAUGUUCUUGCAACUUUGGGGUGGCAAACUCUUGACAACAGACGAAAAUACUUGAAAUUCAUUUUUAUUUACAAAAUCUUAAAUAAUGAAACUGCUCCAAACCUGAAAGAAAAUUUUUUGAAAAUAAGUGAUUGUCCAAUUAUACACCAAUUAAGAAAUUCUCAAACAGAUCUGGUACUUCCAUUCCCAAAAUCACAAUUUAAGAAAAAGACCUUCAGUUAUAGUGGAGCAACUCUUUAGAAUAACUUAUCAAUUACUGCUAAACAAUCCAAUUCUAUGAAUUGUUUCAAAAGACUAAUGAAGCUACAUUUUCGAAAACAAUAAGUAUGUAAAUAGUUUUGUAUGUUUGUUAUUUAUUUAUGUUUGCUAACUGUCUAAAUAAUAAUCAUGUAAAUAGUUUGUAUUAUGUAUAUGUAUUAGUCUUAUUCUUACACGUCCCCUGUGGAAACCAUCAAAAUAUGUUAGGGCUAACGUGUUUAAAUAAAUUUUUAUGUAUGUAUGUAUGUAUGUAUGUAUGUAUGUAUGUAUUAGAUCGAGGAUAUACGGACGUCAAAGACGACGUGAAAAUGGCGUAUCAUAUCCAUAUUCCAUACAUGGGCACAACACGCCAUUUUGACGUCGUCUUUGACGUACGCGUCCUCGAUCUAAAUCUGUCUAUUGUCGUCAGAUGACAUUGACAGCGUAUUUUUCAAAUAUAAUUGAAUUAAAGCUGAAUCGGCCCGAUUAAUCGUUGUGUGUAAACGUGCCUUUAAUGGCCAAUAUUACGUAGCAUAUGCAGAGUACAAAAUUAUUUUGAUUAUCUUUUGCUUGUAAUUUAUUUCAGACCGAACAUUUCCUGCACACCCUUACUUCAGUCAACAUGUAGGCGUUGGUCAGUUUGCUUUAUUUACCUUACUUAAAGUAUAUUCCAAUUUGGAUCCUGAACUCGGAUAUUGUCAAGGAUUGAGUUUUGUUGCUGGGAUACUUCUUAUGCACGUGAGUUAAUCAUAAUAUUGGGUUUUUUUAUGAAAUGCGUGCUGAUUUACGUACUUAUAGCUGGUUUACGUAAAUGUAUAACUUAUUUACCCUUUCCAUCCAGUGGCGGUCACUUCGCGAAAUAUUAGGGAGUUUACGAGUGUAAGACGGCGACGACAGGACGACGGCUAAACAAACUGUUUGAAAUAAAUGAUUCUAUAGAAAUCUUGUCUUGUAUUUACUUUCGUAUGAAUUUAAAAUAGUUUCGAACGGGUAAAACAGAGCUUUAACCCUCCGAGCAAUGUUGAUCACCUCUGGCUUUGCUAGAGAAACGACCUGCACGGCGUGCAAUGCUAGCGUACUAUACAAAACGUGAAAAUAUACAUUUUGCCGUUGUCAACAGAGCUUGGACGACGUCUAAACCCCCUACUAAACUUUUAAUUAUUCAUUUCUUUUGUGCUAUACGAUUAAUGUCAUUGUAUUGAUAGCCGUCGUAUUGACGGGGGGGGGGGCUUGACACCACAUUACCACCAUUUUGUCGCUGCAAAUUCCUUAAACUUUCUUGCCUUAAAUUCCAUACCAUGAGAAUUUGCCUAAUUUAUAGCCUACCAAUGAUUUCAUGGUUGUAAAUGGCAUGCAAAUCAGCAAAUAACGCUUGGUUUCCCCCUCACCCGCCCGCCCCCCCCCCCCUCCCCUCGCUAGUAUCCGCCAUUGUUUCCAUCCAAAAACUCUUCAACUGACAAGAACGAUUCCUGGCGUUGGAUAGAGUAGACUGCGCCAGUAUAGUUUUAAUAUGAUCGAUACGGACUCCCACUCCCAUGAUGCCAAUCUCAUUCCUUGAAAUCUUCGCUUCAAAGGAAGUAUCCGCAACUGCAUGAAACGUGUUAUAUCUUCUGUCGCAAAUAGUUUUAUAUUUUCUUAUAUUUUCUUAACAGCUUGGUGAAGAGGAAGCAUUCGAAGUUUUGAAACACUUGAAUUACAAUUAUGGACUACGUAAUCAAUAUAUGCCUGAUAUGGCUGGCUUGAGAGUAAGUACGAACUAUAUUAUGAGGACUUUAGAUUGUUAUCUUGACAUGAUGUUAGACGUUACUUAGCAAUAUAAUUGCCUCUGUGUUUCCAAAAAAACGCUUUGUCAAGCUUAGAAACUGAGUUCCCAACUUUUUCGGCCUUUUUUGGGUUACAUCCCCAAUAACGCUAUCGUAGAUACUUCAGUGAUGAUGCACUAUUCCUUGGUCGACGAUCGCGCUCCGCUUUAUGAACUGCUGUUUUCGCUUAUCACCCGUCCCCCUACCAGAUCAAGUUGAAUUCAUCGCUGCAUUUAAACUGCAAACGUUUUCUUUAACUUAAAGUAUAAUUGCCUUUAGAUUCAGUUCUAUUAAUAUUUCUUCUCUACUUAAUGAUUCCUGAGCUUCAAACAUAUUCACAGGCAGUUGAGUUAACAUGAAACCUAUUUCCUUGGACCCACUAUAGUGAAACAUUUUAACUUUAUUGCAUCUAGGUUGAGUUCUAUCAAUAUUCUCGCCUACUUCAUGAUGCCUGUCCACUAUAGUGAAACAUUUUAACUUUAUUGCAUCCAGGUUGAGUUCUAUCAAUAUUCUCGUCUACUUCAUGAUGUCUGUCCACUAUAGUGAAACAUUUUAACAUUAUUGCAUCUAGGUUGAGUUCUAUCAAUAUUCUCGUCUACUUCAUGAUGCCUAUCCACUAUAGUGAAACAUUUUAACUUUAUUGCAUCUAGGUUCAGUUCUAUCAAUAUUCUCGCCUACUUCAUGAUGCCUGUCCACUAUAGUGAAACAUUUUAACUUUAUUGCAUCCAGGUUGAGUUCUAUCAAUAUUCUCGUCUACUUCAUGAUGUCUGUCCACUAUAGUGAAACAUUUUAACAUUAUUGCAUCUAGGUUGAGUUCUAUCAAUAUUCUCGUCUACUUCAUGAUGCCUAUCCACUAUAGUGAAACAUUUUAACUUUAUUGCAUCUAGGUUCAGUUCUAUCAAUAUUCUCGCCUACUUCAUGAUGCCUGUCCACUAUAGUGAAACAUUUUAACUUUAUUGCAUCCAGGUUGAGUUCUAUCAAUAUUCUCGUCUACUUCAUGAUGUCUGUCCACUAUAGUGAAACAUUUUAACAUUAUUGCAUCUAGGUUGAGUUCUAUCAAUAUUCUCGUCUACUUCAUGAUGUCUGUCCACUAUAGUGAAACAUUUUAACUUUAUUGCAUCUAGGUUCAGUUCUAUCAAUAUUCUCGCCUACUUCAUGAUGCCUGUCCAAGUCUACAUGAUCAUUUUGAAAACUACGAAGUGACACCAACACUGUACGCUGCGUCGUGGUUUCUUACCCUCUUUGCUUCUUUGUUUCCUGUCUCUUUCGCUUCCAGAGUUCUUGGUAAGUAAAAUAUUUCUUGUUAAAUAUAACCAACAAAGAACAUAGUCAACGUAUGGUCGUUGUGCACGAUGACCGGUCACAUUCUCUUGUAUUCUCUAAAUUUAAGACUUGACUUGGAUCACUGUAAUAAGUAACGCAGCCGAAACUGACUAUCCUUAUAUUUUUUAAAGAUUUGCUUUGUUUUGGAGGAUUAGAAGCUGUUUUCAAGGUUAGUCUUCAUUGAACAUACGUUUACAGUUUUAUACCUAAAGUUAAUCUUAUUAUUUUGGAAAUCCUGUGAAUAACAAUUUUCUUCAACGUCAUAUAUUGCGCAAAUUCUAAAUGCAAUUUAUUUAUAAUUUACUAUUAAUGUUUUCCGCAAAAAUGUCAGCAAAUUUGGUCACAGAGUUAAUCGGUGAGCUCAUGUUUUUACCUUUUUCACCCAAUCCACUCGCAUGUAUAGUUUAAAUGAUUGUUUACCUUUGUCGCAUUCUACGCUAACGUUAUCAGAUCAGGGGUAACUAGGCAUGGGUGUGAGUUGGAUAGCAACUGACGUAAACAUUCACCGAUUAAUCAACAAUUGUUCACGGAAGUGGAGGUGAAUAAUGCCAGGAUAUUCACUGAGAAGCGAAGCGUGGAUAUCCAGAGAUGCAAAGAUAUCCGGAGAUGAGCAACCAAUCAAAUCGCACGAAAGCAUUGUCCUAUUUGUCCACCUCCCGAGUAUAUGCUAAUUAAGUCUAUUGACUCAAUUCGUAGUGGCUCAGAAAAUCAGUAAUAUACACCUAAUUUUAAGGACAAUAUUUCGACGUUUCUUAACAUUUUUUCAAGGUAGGUUUAGUCCUCGCUUAGUUUGAUACACACUCUUGUUGAUCUUACGUGAGCAUGGAGUUGAUUGAUAAUGUGUUUUUCGGGACCGUCUGCGUGGCAAACGGUCUACCAGUACAGCAUGUUUAGAAGGAGACUUUUAAAAGUUUGACAACUAAUGUAUGAACAUAUCUGAAUCUCAGUAUUAUUCUGCAGGUGGCUAUAACUCUAGUCAAUCGUUUCCAAAACAAGAUCUUGGCUUGUGAAAGUUUCGAGACAAUCGUAGAUUUCCUGAAGAUUGACUUACCUAAACUAGCAGUUGAUGAACAAGAAAGUAUCGUGAACGAUGUUCUUGCCAUGGAUAUUGGAGAUAAACUUCUUAGAUUUGAAGUUGAAUAUCAAGUCUUCCAGGAAGAGGAAAUAAAUCCGUCUUUAUUGAAACCAUUACUGGAGAAAACAGAGAAACUGGCUGGGGAAAAUAAAAAUCUAAAACAUCGCAGCAAUGUUUUGAAAAGUGAAUUGAAACAAAUGCAACGAAACGAGAAAGCAUUACUGGACAAGAUCAAAGAAUUGGAGGCCGAAAACACCAGGCUAAGGUCUUUGGCCACUCUGGAGGAGAAUCCAUCAUUUGGUGAUAAUAAUGGUGAUCAUGAUGGUGAUGUUAGUGGUGACAGUGGUGGUUCUGGCAACACAUCCCCAGGAUUUGUUGAUCUUACUGGUCACAAUUUUGAAGUGAAUGAUGGUGAUAUUACUGGCGACAGUGGUGUUGUGUAUGGUGAUCUCACUGCUCACAGUUAUAUGACGAAUGGUGGAGAUGACGGUCCAGAGUGUUCACCUGGUGUUACAAACUGCACCAGUCCUACUGAUGAUAACACAGAUAGUUUUGAACAUAUUCUUGGUGAAACCGACGAUGAAAUUGAUGCGAUGUCCUGUGAUUCACCUUUAACGAUUAAUGAUUCAUUAUGCGACCAUACCAAUAGCCCAGAAUCAGAACAUUGUACAAAACUGUAGAAAAAUAUAGUUGGAAACAGAAUGGAUAUUUAAAAUAUUUUUGGGGGCAAGCUAGAGAUUUAGUAAAUAUUAAUAGAAAAUAGUCUUCCGGGGCCGGUUGUUCGAGGCUGGAUUAGCGCUAACCCUGGAUUAAAUGUUAAUCCGCCGUUUUAGUUUGUGUAUCUCUAUUUGUGUGUCUCUGUUAUUUUAAAACUUCAGAAAAGAAAACUCCCACUGACCCACGCAAGAUUUCUAAGGAAAAAUUUCCAAGUUUAUAAACAAGCUGCUGGGAAAUUUGCUUUGAAUUUUAUGUUAACCUAUAGGGUUAAGUUAACCGACUUUCGAACAACCGGCAGCGUGAUAAACGAUUUCUCUGCAUUCUCCCUGCUCAGCAAGAAACUUCAAGCUUAUGUUGAGUCACGGAUAAGUACAUAUAUUUGACAUAUAAAAAAUAACUGCCGUUGCAAAAGUGGAAUGUGACCAGUUUUUCUGCAUACGCCAUACUUAAAUAAAAUUUAAAAUUGAUAUUAAAAAAGCCCUUAAAUUUAAGUGUCUGAACAAUGAAACAACGAAAUGUUAAAAAUUCUUUACAGUUGUCGUCAUAUAAUUACUUUCGCUAUAUGCACUUUGACGAACAGGGAAUAAAGCAUAGUUAAUCAUUUUCGUACUGCUGACUUGUGUGGAAUCAGGGUAAAUAGACUUAUGUUCACUUUAAAUUACUCGCGUGCCUACUCAUUGUUCUAGCUAUAGGACGUCAAGAAUAACUUAGCAUUACAAUUAUCUUUACGAGCUAUUCCAUCAUGUUAAUAUUUCCAAUGAUUAGAAGUUGCCUUUGUUCUAUUCUGUGCUGUCCUAAUGUGGAACAAUGGGAACUAGGCAUGUGAGUCAUGCAAAGAUGCAAUAUAUUGGAUAUAGACAAACGUUUACUGAGUUUGUCAAUUCAUGCAGAUUUUCAAUGUCUAUCCUGCAAGAAGUCGUUCAUUAACUCCCUUUAUAUGGAAUACCAGAGGUUAGUAAUAUGUUAAGUAGAAAACGUUAAUAUUAUAUGAAGAAUUUUUUUGAUUUAUAUUAUUGCUGAAAGUGAAUGUGAAAAGAUGAAAAUAAUUAAGAAAUUAAUGGACUAGAUAUAAUAUGUUGUAUUAUACUUGAAAUAGAGAAAGAAAAAUAUAAUUCAUAUUCACUCAAAAUAAAUAUAUUUCACACUUUGCUUUUUGCAUUGUAUUACUAGUGAUAUAUACAAGUUAAUUCUUAGUUGAUGGUACAGUCCGUUGGCUCAUAUACCGGGGGACGCGGAGUCUUACAGCCAAUGUAGGUUUUAGAGUUUAACGAAGUGUUUGACGGAAGUGCUAGUUGUUUUCAUUGGAUUAAGCUCGUCCCUGUGGUUGUGAUGAAUGAGCUUGUCUCACGCUCGGUUUAUCCGCCAUUUUGUUGGUACUGCCUGUCCAAAGUCUGAGAGUGCAUGCACGCACCGCGAAAUGCGACUUUUAUCACUGUA